AUGCCACCGCGAAAACCGGCCACACCGAAGACGAAUGCUACUGCAGUGAGGGCAAAGGGUAAGACGUCGCCGCCAGCUGCCAAUGCCCCGAAGGCAGCGCAAGGGCGCCCCGAUGUGUCCAUGAAUGCCAGUGCUCCGUCAGACGCCGCCGCCGCUCCAGCAAAGGCACGGCAAUCUUUGUCAGACCGUGCGGCUGCCAAUGUGGCCAAGAUGAUGUCAGACAGUGCAGGGGUUGGCAGCACUAACCAGAAGCUCGUCGCCAAGGAAGUCUUGUCCCCGCUGUUAGACUACUUGGAGAGCAUGGAAACGUCAGACCUUCAACCCGAGCCCUUCGGUGGCAUUGAUGCGUUUGACACUAAGAGGUACCAGUCAGACAUGGCAAACAAAGCCCACUACACGUGCACGGUGCCGCUCCAUUGGCUGGGCUUGGAUGCAUUCGAGUCAGACGGUCUCUGGCCCAAUCUGGGAAGCGUUUUCAGAAUGUAUCGGCAUCAUUUCUGCACGUCAGAUGGCGUGAACCCCAGCAAGAUUUGCGAGGCAAAGCACGUUGGGUGUCUGGCUGUGCACUGUCAGUUCAGGAUCCGUGCUACCUCGAAGUCAGAACCGCCAGAAAUUGGUGAUUGGGAAGUGGCAGACAAGAGUCUGUUUCGCAUGGCAUGGCAGUAUGCCUUCGCACAGGCACGCAGGGGCAAGAAAGACGAGACGAUCAAGGCUUUCCAGACGGCCAGUCUCAGUGUUGCCGUCACCUUCAAGCUGCUGGUGUCUGAUGAUGAGUUUGGUCAGACCAAACGACAGCUGGAGGAGGACAUGAAGGCAGAUGCAUUGAACAGCCAGAUCUUCGGCUACAAGGAGUGUCUGCAGACGUACGAAGUGCAGGAGUCGCUGAAGAGACAGAACAAGCCCUCCACAGCAGCAGACGUGGCACAGUGGUUCAGCAAGGUGAAUUUUGCCGAGGAGUCGAUCAGUGCCAAGACUGUUGAAUGUCAUCUGAAAAUCGUCAGACGACUUACACCUGAGUGCAGAAACCAGCUGGACGGCUUGGAGUUUGCUUUCAGCAAGCAACACCCUCUGGCCAAGUGGACGGCUUUGGAUGCUAUCUGUGGCAAGACAUCCGUGCCCAAGAACUUGGCAUUGCAGAACAAGCUGUUAGAGUUCGUUGUCUCUGGCAUCCAUAUCAGGCUCUUGAGAAACACCUUGUCGGCCUCGAUCCGUGAUGACACCAAAAGCAAGACAGUACCGACGUUCUUGGCUCUUCGUCGCAUCUCCCACUACAUCUCGUGGAAGCUGCAAUGCAAGGAGAUCAACGAGAUUUUCGGCAAUUGGACAGCUUUUCAUCGGAUGUUUCCUCGUGGCAGGGAAAUGGAGCUGUCAGAUCCUGGCAAGACAACGGCGCCAAUCUUCUCGGAGAAGUUUGCGAAACCAUCUGUGCAGGCCGCUGCGACGGGUUGCUUGCAGAUGCUGUAUGACGGCAAUGCCGACCACAUCUUGCUCAAAUCGUUGGCGAGAGAUGUCAACAUGUCGGCUGAAGCAUUGUUGUCUGCGCCAGAGCUGUUGCAGGAGGAUUACUUCGAACUCGACAAGGUUCUCCAGCUGCAUGAAGAGGAGAUGCAGCCUCCGAAGCCUGAGCCGAAACCUGACACGAAGGUGGAGGAUGCCGUGUCAGACUCGCAGGAGACCGCGCGUAUGGGGGAAGACACGGCCAAGCCUGCUGACAUCGUGCAUGAGGUGGUGCCAAAAGAAGAGACAGUCCACCUAAAUGUGGAUCUUGUGGCAGACAACCAGGUUGUGAUGCAGAUGCUGUCAGAAUGGUUCCCAAAGCUGGUACUGCCCCCGUUGGCGACGGACAGCUUCAACAAUGUUGCGCCGUCAGCGCUGCAGAGCAUGUUCUCGUAUGCCUCCGCCCGUGCCAGCCUCAAAGAUGACUUGUGCUUCCGUCUGACAUCCUUUGUGACCUUCAUGUCGGAGCCAGACAGCACGAAAUGGUUCGAGAUGGUGUCUGACAUCGCAAAGCCGGCUGCGGGUGCUGCGUCCGAAGACAGAACUGUGUACAUCUAUGAUUCCACAUGCCGGUAUGACCGUGCUUGCCUAGCUGGCAAGACUUGGCGGCAGCUGCCGCAGUUAGACGACAGCCACUUCAAGAACGUUAUGGAAGCGGUGCUGCCGAAGAAACACAUUGGGGGUGGGCAUGAGAUGAGCCUCUUCCAGAAGAACGACAUUUUCCUUUUCAAAGAUGCCCGCCGUCCCAGCAACUUCAGCAAGAUGACCCGCAUGGCAGCUGGAUUGCACACCAUGCGUUCCAAGACCUGGGUCGAGUUGAAUUUAACUGAACUGGUCAGACAGGCUGUGAAAGGGGACUCAGAGUACCCGAAGAAGCUCAUGAACACGCCAGUCAGACUCUGCUACAACAAUCUCGAGUUCACCAAGGACGGCUACGUCAGAAAGAACUCCUCCAAGGCGUGUAAGACAGGCCGGAUUGCUUUGCCGGAUCCUGUCGAGAACUUGUUCAUCCUCAGUAAGACAAAGUGUCAGACAGAGACUCGGCCGCGGAAGUUCCUUGACUUGCCGGGGAGCAACUACACGCGCAGCCUCCAAGGCCUCAGCAUUCGAAGUGGUGCGGAGGCGAGCAUUGCUGUCAGACGAGACACGCUGAGCCAGAUGAUGAAGGCAGUGGGGACUUCCACCGCUGUGUCCGCCAGAGAGGAGGAGCACGACAUGGCUGCCGGCGCGGUGGAUGAGGACCACGAAGGCGACGAGUCAGACACAAAGGCUGAGGGUGAGGCGGCGGACAGUCAGACUGUGGACGGUGAGCCAGAGACGACGCCGGAGGAAAGUGUCAAGUCAGACCAAACCAUGACUUGGUUUGCCUGGUCUCCGUCAGAGAUGUUUUGGGCGGAGAUGUACAACCUCUACGGCGUCAGACGGCCAGCCACAUGGAAGAUCAUCGACUUCACGCCCGGGCCGGGCUUGGCAGCCUUGCAAGCCGCCAGACAGUGUGUUCCCUACGUGGCCUUUUGCUUGCCGGGCCAAUCAGACACACUGCGCCAAUCCCUGACAUUCCAGAUUAUGGUGGAGAUUGUCAGAGGAGUCAACAAUGGCUUCACUCGCAGAGCGAUCAGCCGUGUCAGAAGUCUGACAGGCGGCCAUGCGGAAGAAGCACGCCUGGAUGCUGCGAGGGCUGCGGCGAGCCUGGACGCGUCGGUGAUGCCCGACUCACCUGGUCCUCAGACGAGUGGUGGUUGUCAGACGACUGGUGGCAAGCGCAAACGUUCUGAAGGGUCAGACUCCGAGUCGUCGUCGUCCAGCAGCGACAAGGAGUGA